AUGGCCGAGCUCGAGGCGGAGCGUGUGAGCGGCUUCAAGCGCAUCUUGGUCCGCCUGGACGAGGGCACGCGCCGCAAGUACUGCUGCCGCGCGCUGGAGGAGGACCUGCAGCAUGUCAAGAGCCGCGUGCGCGUGUGCGCGGAGGCCAUGGCGCAGGCGCGGCAGGUGCAGGACGCGACGCGCAAGCUGCAUGCCAGUCAGCGAGCGGCCGUGUCGGCUGAGCUGCUGGGGGCGUUAGAAACCCUUCAGACUCGUUUAGAGACGACCACAAGCGCGCUCAUUUUGGGUCGCGCGCCCAAAAAUGGGGCGCAAAAUGGGCCCGAAAGUGCCGUAAAAGAGAAAACUAAUGCCCCAUUCCAAGAGGCCAAGACGCUUGCGAGGCUGGCGCUGCUGAGUCAGGAGCUGGACGAUGUGGCGAGUCAGAUGCGACGGCUGGAGAAGCUCAUGCCGCCCAAUAUGGCGGAGCUGGACGACAAGCAGAGGAAGUGGUGGAGGAAGCACGUGCACAAACUCGGAGACCAUGUGCUGGAGCUGCUGACGGGACACGAGAGGGAGAACCGGGCUCUGUUGCGCCUUGAGAAGACGCUCAAGAAGAUGGAGACCAAGUGGCCGGAACUCAAGAGCUGGCACGCGAAUUUGCAGAAGCAGAUUGCUGAAAAGCAAGGGUCGAAGCCGGCAUCAGGAGCUCCUGCUGAAUCAACUGCGAAGAGCAAGAAGAAGCGCGCGAUCCCAUUGCCGGAUGACGGCGACACGGUGAUGACGAGUGGUUCAACAGUGUCGGCAAAGUCGACGAGGAAAACAAAGGAUGCUGGCCAAGAUAAGAGCAAGGGGACGGACAGUCAGUCCCCUGAUAAGGUUCGGGCUCUGCUGCUGCGCUGCGCGAAGGAAGUGCGGACACUUCGCGACAAGUUCGAGCUGGGCGCGUACGACGUGAAUUUGAGUCGCAUGGUGACCGUCGUGGACUCGCUGUGGGCAGGAGCCGAGCAGUCCGAGGUUGUGUUGCUGACUACGGCGCUGUUUACGCUGGUGGAGACGGUGGAGAAAGUUGUGCAUCAGGCCAAGCGCCGAGACCGCCUGCAGUGCCUGAUCAGCGUGCUAGGUGUCGUGCUGGGGUCUCCGAAGCUGCAACUGACUGAUCGGCGAAAGACGAUGGUCGAGGAAUACGCCAACAACUGCCGCCAGUCCCUCAAGCAGUUGAAUCGGCAGAUGGAGAGUGGAAGCCACGACGCUACUGCCAGUGCCGCUGAGGAGACAACAGCGCAAACCCCGGUUGGAACCAGUGCACAAGCGAAGAUGUCUAACGAGCGAUCAUGGCCCAAAACUCAUGUACGAUUCAGUUAA